UUUUUUUUUCUAAAAUGAAAUAAAAAAAAUGUGCUCAGUGAUCAAAAGGAAAAAAAAGAGUUCCACCUCUUGCUGCCAAGGAGGGAGGCGUGUAUAUGAACAGGGCUUUCCCAUUUUUUUUGCCAUUUUCCUGAUGACUAAUCCUAAGGACAAUCCCUGCUCCUAACAUGGGCUACGUGAGCUUGAAGUUCACUAAACGCUUCGACUUUCCUUUUGAAUUUAUGCCUCACCACUGCCCCUCUACCUAGCCAGACAAGCAUGGCUUUCCCACUUUUCAGAUAAGGUAAGUGAAGCUCCCAGAGAGAGAGGGACUAGCUCAAUCCACAGGCAAGUAGAUGCCAAGUCUGGGACUCCAGAAUGGAACCGGAGUGUUCUAUUUACCUAGGCGAUCUGGUUGCCCAGCACUUGGAGGCUUCCACCUCCAGAAGCCCAGACACCUCACUAGUCCCCCUUGUGCCACAGAGGACAGGUCUCCCUGAGCUGUGACCCUGCUCCCACAAGGGAGUAGUCCCUGUAGUCCCCUCCCCAACCCAGGUGCUCUCUGGUUCCCCCAGGAGAAGAGGAUGGACUAUGAAAAAUCAGUCAACAUCUCUGACAUCAACAGGUCAAUGUUCAAGUGCCCAUGGCUGGAAUAUCCAGAAAGGACCAAAGAACUCAGAAGAGCCACAGCUCCUGUUCUCCUGCCCUUGUCCUGCCACCAGAUGCCAAAGGAAGAGUUUCCCCCAAGUCCGGAGUGCUGGAGGCAGCACCCAAGCAAGCCAAACUCCGUACCUUACUGCUACUCCAAGCAGCCUGAGAUCUACACGCACUGGCACACCCUGUAUAAUCAGCAAAAGGAACGGGAGGCCCAGAAGAUACUGUGGAAAAUGAGAGAUCACCCUAGGUACCUCACAGAGGGUACCCUCAUCCCAAAACUCCAUCUCCCAAUGAGCAAGCUGAUUAUAAAACCUCAGAUGGAAUCCAAGCCCUCAGACCCUACUGGGGACCCGCUGAAGUGGCAAAGAUUAAAGGAACUCACAGAAAGCCUGAAAUCUCCCAGAGAGGAUGAGCAGCUCUAUGCAGCACAGGCUCUGGGGUGCCUGGGCGUCAGAGACAAGUUUAUCACGGAAGCACUAUGGCAGAUGGCCCAAACUGGCCCAGAGAAAGUGAAGUAUGAGGCCUGUCAAACCCUGGCCAUCCUGGGUUGCCUGAAUAAGCAUGUGAUCCAAGCUCUCAUCAAGCAGCUGAAGGGGCAAAAUGAGGGGCAAAGAAUGGAUACUCUGACAGCGCUACGGGUGGCUCUGAACUCCUGGGCUGCUGUCCCCAAAGACCAGAGGACUCAGAUCGAGGAUGGAGAGAAGCUGGUGCCUGUGCUGCAGAUGCUGAUAAAGAAGUCAGGGAACAAGGCAGCAGUGGAGGCGGCCCUGUGCUUGGGGUUCCUGAGGCCCUGUAGCAGCACAGCCCGAGAGUACCUGCUGCAGUGCCUGCACCAAGGGCCGAAGACCCAGCAGAUGCAGGCACUCAGUAUGCUGGUCAAGAUAAUGGGUGUGCACUCAGCCACGGUCAUCAGGACCAUCCUAGACCAGCUGUGCUAUUCCAGUGUCCUUGAGCACCGUUUUGAAGCCAGCCAGAUGCUCAAGACCAUUGGGCUGGAACAGAUCCAGGCACAGGGCCUGGAAGGACUCACGUUUGACCUGCUCAGGAGGAAGACGUAUAAUGAACCCUUCUUCGCUAUGAGGCAGGCUGUUGCUGAAACUGUGGAAGAGCUCAAGAUGAAGCCCACAAUGAUGAACUUGGUGGAGGCGCAACUGAUGAGCUCAAAUGCCACUGCACGCCAGGAAGCAGUCAUCUCUUUGGGUGUCCUGGGGAUCCGCAGCCCACAAGUGUUCCACCUGGUCCUAGACAUGCUGGAUGUGGAAAAGAGCCCGUCUGUGAAAAAGAGCCUACAAGAAACAUUAAUUCUUUUGGCCUCGACUGAUCCCUGGAUCCAAAACAAGCUGAAGAACAAGGUUCUCUUUGUACGUGAAGUGCCUAAGACCAGCAUGAACGUAGAGUUCACGAGGUUCCGGAAAGAGCCUGAGAAACCCGAAGAGUUAAGUAUCCAAGACGUUCAGCUUGCACAGCUGAGCCCCUUGUUUCUCACAAAGUCCAGUGCCACGCCAGACCCACAGAAGAAGUUAAAUGCCCAGAAAGCGUCUGGUACCUCUGCCUUUCCAUCCUGUUUCUCUAAGCCACAAAAACACAAGUCACAGGCCACAGGGUCCUGGACACGAGGGAUCAGGAAACAGCUCCGGAUCCUUGCUGAGACCUCCAAUUAGGUCAGUUCUUUUGGCUGAGUUCCCACUCUCUCUUUAAGGAUGCUUCUCAGGCUCCCCUGAGAAAAUAAUCUAUACUUAUCUUCCAAGAAUAAAUGAGCAUCACUCCACCUACCACUACUGUUCCCUUCCUCAUGGGCUGCACUGAAACAUAGGUCACCUCACUCCUGGCUGGUCACUCCCCUACUCAGCCACAUGUCCUUUCCACGAGACAAGGCUGCUCUGGACAGCCAGCCUGCCUUCCUAAAUCAAGUCCUUGUCUAUGCCCAGAAUUUGAUGACAAAGCUAAAGCUGAGCCUCUGCCCAGAGGUGGCUGCUGAGGGGAAAAUGGGAGAAUAUCCUGGAAAGCUUGGCUAUUGGAUUAUUUCCUCUUACUAACUUGCCCCCCCCUUUCCUAUCAGUGGUCAAGAGAUAAAUUAGGCUUAAUCAAGACGAACCAUCCUCUCUUCUGUCUCUUAUCUUACACCUGCUUUCUACCUACCUCAGGGUCAUUCCCUUUGACAGACUAUUUACUCUCUAAGACUGCCUUAGAUUCUCCCUUAUUUUUACUGAAGGCUUCAGUUUCCCUUUGCCAAUAGGACCAAUCACACCAAUCCCAAAAAGCUACAUCCUCCAUCAGAAAGGAAAAGCCCAGACUUCAGAGUCAGACAAAUCUGAAAUCAAAUCCUAGGGUCCAUUACUCACUUUAUCUUUGGCUUUGGACAAGUUAUUGAACCUUUCUGUUUCCUCACCUACGAUAUGAACAGAUCAAUGCAUACUACUUCUGAGGGCUCCUAUGAAGAUUAAACAAUAAUAUAAAGCCUAAUGGUGCCUGGCAUUCCAUAGUAGGCACUCAAAUGUGGACUUCUUU